CCCAUUCAUCACACCAAGAUGACUUUCUGCUACCAGACCCAGUGUGAGGAUUCCUGCUACUCACCCUGCAACUACGGGACUGUGUACACCUACAGGACCUACGGCUGUGGAAGCCCCUGCAGCUACCGGACCUACGACUGUGGGAGCCCCUGUGGCUACCAGAGCUAUGGGAGUCUGUGUGGUUACCGUGACUGCUACCCCUCCUACAGCUCUCGCUACUGCUACCCCUACUCUUCUCGCUACAUCCGUAGAUACAACUAUGGGAGCUGCUACCCCUGCUAAACCCAGCUGUAGAACAACCAGAUAGGAAAUGAAAGGCAAAAUAGUAACGUAUGAAUUUUACCUUUGC